AUUAUGAUUUACUAUCUUAAAUGUACUCUAAUCACAAAUAAAAUGGAUAUGUAUGUUAUAAAUCAUCAUUGUAUGUUAAUCUCUUUCUGUUUGAUGUGAUCAGAUGUCAUGGGUUUCCUGAUAAGUGUUCGUGACUAUUCUGAUGUUGAACUUGACGAUGGGAAAAAGUUUAAAUUAGUUCUCAUCUAGUUGUAUUCAAAUGGGUUAGCAUUUUAUUUGAUUGUUUAUUGUUUAUUGCGAUUUUUAGUAUCUGAUUUGGAUUUUUUCAUUCUUUAUAUGUCCGUAUUCAUGGAGUCUACUAAUAAACAAAUUAGUUAGUACUUAUGUUGAACAUGUCAUAUUGUAGCUCUUAUCUCACCUGUAAUUUAUUUGGAGAUUUUUUAACAAAGAUGCGGUUGGCUCUUAUGAAUGCUGUCUCGCAACUGCCAAUCAUUUUACUCCAAUCUGUCAAGGUCAAGAUUUAUGAAGGGAAGGUUGUAGUUCAGAAUGUAAUAGAUUGUACCAAAAUCAUGAUCAAUCCUGAUAUUCCAGAGGCUGUAUGUUUUAUUACUAGAUUGGAUCCUUCAGAGUCAUAUUUCAUUGACUCUAUCACCCUUGGUAAUGGAUUUAUUGUUGCUGAUGUCGAUGUUGAUUUUGUCAAUCUCUCUAUGAAUAGGAGUAUUAAGGAAUUAAGAGAAAAUGAUGCAGAUGGUUUCUUCAAUGUUGUUGCUAAGAUUAAAAGUAUAUGCAACAAUUUUGAUUGGUGGUACUACUCAUGUGUCUGUGGUUAUCUUUUGGAGCUUUUUAGAAGUCAUUUCAGUUGUUCCGAAUGUGGAAGGAAAAUAAAGAAUGCUGUAAAGAAGUACAAGGUUUUAGUAGAUGUUGAGGAUGCUACUGGAAGUGCUAGAUUUGUUUUGUAUGACCGUCCUGCAGCGCUCUUAUUCAGGAAAAAAGCUCAUUGAGGUUCUUCGGGAUCUUGAUGCUGAGCACUCGGUAUAGAUAUAUAUUUCAUAAUACCAAAACACAUAUUUUAUACUUUUUCAUUUAUUAAUGAUAUUUGGUCUUUUGAGUGACAUUCAUUUAUUUUGGUUGACUUCAUUUUUAUUUUAUACUUUUCUGGUUAAUUGUAGGUUGUGUAUGCAACCCCUUAUCCACCAUUCUUUAAUGAUGUAAUUGGAAAGAAAGUUGUGUUUAAAGUAGAUCGGAAAAAAGUUGGAAAUAGACCAAAUGUUGGGACAUUUAAAGUAGUCAACUGUUCUGAUGAUCAUGUGAUUGUUAACAAAUUUAAGACAGAUCCUGUUUCCAGUGUUAGUAGUUCCAUUC